GAUGCUGAGGAAACGGGCCAGGGGCGAGCCGAAGGAGUUGUGCGAACUGCAGCAGGAAGUUGCGAUGGCGGAUGCGAAGACGAGGGCUGUCUUUCGACGACGUGUGGCUUUGAGGGCGCUUGAGGUCGGUCUUGCUGUUGUUGCUAUUCUACUUGCCUGGGCGAUUUCCUUUCAGUCUCGGACCCGAGGGAUGGGUUUGCUUUAGUGUGACUCUUGCUCGCUUGGGAGAGUCGAGGCAGAGGUCAAAGGACAAAGACUUCCUUUUGUCAUGAAGUCGCACUCUCAAGCCAACAAUAUCAAGCGUUGCUGUGAACAAUAUCAAGCAAGUCGCUCGCAGCACACAAAGGACAGCCCGACCGUGCAUCACAGUAGCAAACGACAGUAUAUCUUGAUCCACACUCGCACAUCCCCCAUCAUCUCUUUCCACCUGCUCAUCCUAGAACACACAGAAGCCCACCUUCCGCCCCUUACCCAAACCAACCAAAACUUCCCCAACAUGUUCUACUCCAAACUCAUCCUCACCGGCCUGCUGGCCAUGGCUCUCGGCACAGCCGCCAUGCCCGAAGACCUCCCCCUCACCACCUUCAAAGGAGGCGAACCGGGGCGCGUGAGCGAGCGCAAGGGCCACAAAGAGCACAAGCACCACGAAAUGAAGGAGCACAAGCACCACGCCGACCGCCCGGACUUCGAGGAGCCCAACCCGUACGACGAGUACGGCGAGUUCGACGACGAGUACGAUGGCGAGGAGGGCGAGGGCGCAGGCAUGUUUGUCAAGCGCGAUCCGCAUUUCGACUGGAAGGCUGUCGGGCUCCCGCGUCCCCAUCGCCACCAUCAUCAUCACCAUCGUUUCGAUCGCCAUGGCAUUUUCCGCACUUCGACUUUCAAUUAUCACCCGCCGCCUCCGCCUCCUGCGACGAAGCACCAUUACCCCGCGACCCAGACCGUUGCUACUAUCUACCUUUAGAGGGGGAUGGGUGGCGAGGUGUGUUGAGCGCGGUGGGUGUGCCAGGUGCGGGCGAGGGGUCUUCGUUUCGCCGUUGACGGUGUGAAUAUAUUGAUUUCGGUUUUGUUGUUCGCUGUUGUCC